CGGAACGAUUUACAUUUGUGAGUUGCGACUUGAGAGAUUCACAGAAACAGAACGAGGGAUCAAAGAUGGGCAGCCGUCUGGGAAGAAGAGUGAUCAAUUUCACGAAUCUCCCCAUCAAGCUUCUCAUGCCCUCUUCCUUCACCAACAUCAAAGAAAUUGCCCUCAAAACCGUUCCUUCAGCCUCCAAGAUCGAAAUCAAGAGGGUUUUGGAAUCACUAUACGGCUUCGAAGUCGAGAAAGUUCGGACCCUAAACAUGGAAGGCAAGAAGAAGAAGAGGGGAGGCCUAUUAAUAGCAAAACCCGAUUACAAGAAAGCCUACAUAACUCUCAAGAAUCCCUUAUCGAUUUCGCCUGACCUUUACCCAAUUCGCUUAAUCGAAGAGGAGAAGAAGAAUACGAAUAAGCAGUCGAAGUCCAGCAUUGUCGAAGAAGGGGAGGCGAAGUCGCAUUGGCUUGAUGGAAAAGAUGGUGACAGGUUUAGGCCCGAGAAAAGCUCCGCCGAGAGGGGCCGCGGUGGUCGUGGCGGUGCGGCGGCGGCGGCGGCGGCUAAGUUUCCCUGGAGUGGCAUGAGGGCUUCUAGGUAGACUUGUUUGAAUUUUGUGAAUUUUUGGUUUUAUUGAUAUUUAGAUUUUUUGUUCUUGAGACUUGGCGUUUUCGAAAGAUUUUGAAUGGGCUCGAUAUUAUUGGCUGAGUCUGGUCUGAAACCCCUUUAAGCAUGGCGAUUAUUUGGAUAUCUGUGUUGUUGUUUCAUAGUAUCUUCGAGUUAUUUCUACCAGUCUUUGAGCACUUUCAUCUA